UGACCGAAGCAUCCACCUGUCUGGAUUCUUGGAGGAACAUGAGCACCACUAUGAGAUGGAUGAUGAUGAUGAUUUAGAUUGGAUCGAUAUUGUUGAAUCUGAGUCAGGGGAUAGUGAAGAGAAUCAUUUGGAUGAAUUUGAGGACUUCCUUGAUAGCAAUCUUGAAAUGUAUCGUAAUGCUUCGGUCCCAAAGUGCGGAGUUGUAAUUGAGGAGAUAGAAGAUGAAGAGAAACCUGCCAAAUAUAGUAAGACAAAACGAACCAAGAAGAAGAGUCAAGCUAGCGAAGAUGAAGACGAAGACUGUUUUCCUAUUCCCAAAGAAGAAACAGCUGAACCAGAGUGUAAGUCAGGCGUGGAGAUGGAGUUAGAUAAUGACAAACAAGGUAGCAAUAAAAAACGCAAGGCCAAGGCUUCUGAGCAAGAUGGUAUACAUGAAAGCAUAAGCAAGAGCAAAAGGAAGAAAAAUCAGAAAGAAAAGAAGAAACAAAUUUCUUCAAACACAACAGCUCCAGCCGGGAAGUACACCGAGACUUCUCAAGUACGGACAUAUCCGAACGGUCUCGUUGUUGAAGAGUUAAGCAUGGGAAAACCAACCGGCAAGAAAGCUGAACCUGGAAAACAGGCAUGCGUGUUGGCGACAAAAGAAGGACUACAAUUCCUCCAUCAAUGGGGUACAAGAAAAGUUGGAAGGGUGCUAGUGCCGAGGUUCCUCCUAACGCUUGGCUGACGAUUGAUGUCGAACUGAUUAAUGUUAAAAACGUUAUAAAGAUUGAAAGUAUGAUCCCUAAGGCUCGAGUCUUUUAAAAUGUUAUUUGUGGUUCCCAUAAGGACCAUAACAACUCCUACUAUGUAUGAUCUUUUACUUUUAUAUUCGGCUCCAUGAUUUGAUAUACCAAUGAUUCAUUUUGUUGAAGUCUCCCUCUAAUCAAGGUUCCUCAUUUGUGUAAGUAACUUGUUAAU